AUAAAGUCCAAAAUUUCAUCUAUGAAUUUCAUCAUUCCACUUUUCUUGUGAAAGUUUAAUAAUUAUUCAUAAAUAGACGUAUUUUUCUAAUUUGCAGAAAUGUUUUCAAGAUCCAUUUCUAGUGUGUUAUGUCGUACCAUCAGGAAAUCGACGUUUCAAACUGUAAAUAAUGGCAUAAAACACUCACAUCCCCAACCACCAAAGUUCCUAAGACAUUGCACUACAUUUAUUCAACCAAAGUGUGAUUCUACUACGAAUAAAGCGCAACCUAUUGGAAAAGUCGAAGGAAAACUAUUUUUGGGCUACAAAUGUAAAGUUUGUAGCACCAACAACAGCCAUUUUAUAUCUAAAAUAGCUUAUGAAAAGGGUGUUGUUAUUGUGACUUGUGAAAGUUGUAAAAACCACCAUUUGAUAGCAGAUAAUUUAAGAUGGUUUACUGAUCUGGACGGAAAGCGGAAUAUUGAAGAAAUUCUAGCAGAAAAAGGUGAAAGUAUUAGGAAAGUUGAUUUGGAAAGGUGUAUAGAAGUCAUUAAAGAAAGUGUGAAAUAGAUUUUCAUAUGAGUAUGUUGUAAAUUAAUGUAUAACUCCAAACUGUGAUAAUUAUUUUGGUUAAUAUAGGAAUACAUUCAGUGUG